CCCAUCACCUCAAUACCCUCUUGCCCCCCUCUCUCUUCUCAUUUUCUCAGCAUUUCUGCCUGCUUCCUCUUCUCUCCCUUGGUAGAUCCCGUACAAUGUUCAACCUUUGGGUGUAAACCGCCCUCCUUGCGCAUUGUCGCCUUCUUUAUUCCCCUUAUGAUGGGCGGUCUUUCCCGCAUUCUCGGCUGUGAUCGCGAUUCCGCGUCCCUCUACUACCCUCCAACUCCGUGUCGGGCUCAAACCUUUAACAAAGUCACCCAGGGCUUAGAACAAGACCAGCCAGUAAUCCCGGCCGCCGCGCCGUCAUGUCAUAUCGACAUUCCCCGGUAGCGCCCGCCGUAACCACGAUAACGAUGGACGGGGAGAACAACAAUACCGCGGGCCCGAGCCAGCAAGUGCUGGUUGAGCCCGCGCUGGAGCAAUCCGAAAUCCAAGCUCAACAUUCGCUAUCGACCUUCGAACGUGUCCUCACCACUCACGCGCCGAUCCUCGAAUCCCUCCUCCUUCAGACGCCCACCGACUCGAUUCUCUCGCUUUAUCACACUUCCCGCUACCUCCGUUCCUUUCUCCGCUCCUACCCAACAGCAUGGAAGUACCUCUCGUUCCGGCUACUAUACCCCUCCGGCACGCCCCCCCCGAUUCGCGUUGUUUUCACAGGCUCCUCAGAGGCAGUCGUGCCCCGCCAGUCGCGCCCAUAUGCUCUCGACCAGCUCUUGAUGAAUGUGGUGCUGCCGUUCAGCCCGUGCUUGCGCAGUCUGGAGUUGGACAACACGGCGGUGUCGGGCCAGAUUCUUAUCUCUACAGUCCUUCAUGCUAGACGAGAGACACUGGAGCAUUUGUCCGUUCGAGGAUGCAAGAAUGUGUCGCUCAAAUACCAUAUCAUCCCAUAUUUGACGAUGUUCGGGCUCCAGUACGAUGUGAAUAUGGAGCAGAAUAUCGGUAGUUCACCUGCCACAAAGCACCUCGCACUGAAGAGUCUAUACACUUAUCGAUGUCGACAUCACCGCCGUCGCCCAUACCUCACCUCGUCGCUGUCGCGGAAGGAUUCGGACUCCGAGCCCACACAUGAGCUGGUCAACCUCUGUCACAAACUGGGAAUCUGGACGGAUACCGCGUGGUGCUCGACCCCGGCUGGGCGAUGUUUCCGUAGAAGAGGGUAUGUGUCAAUGCGGGUUCCUCAGGGUUCUGCUGAGGUAUGGGUGGUCUUUGACCGGCUAUGGCGGUCGAAGAACUGGAUUGGACCGAUCGACUCGGGUAAUCGGCCACCACAACGUGACGGCAAGUUGUGGGAGCACAAUGAGACUGGCUACUGCGGCGAACCCCUUGGCACUGGUGAGGUUGGCGAUCUCGGUGAUGGAAGAAUGAAGCCGGCACAUCUCCGUCAAAGUCACACGCAAUUCGUGCAGAACAUCCGCUGUGAUAAUUGCUGCGAGAUCAUUCCGGAGAGAUGCGAGCAGUGCAGUAUCUUGAUGCAUUGUGUGGGGUGUCGAAAGACCCUCUGUGCUAGUUGUGCGUACGACCGUCCUUAUCUUGCUGGCCAGCUGGGGUCUUCACCUGCUCAGGAAACCAACCCGUUCUGGUGGGCGCCCGGUGCGACAGUCUCGCCAUGCUUGAUGUAUGACCCACUUGAGCUCACCGAUCACGAUGCACUCACCACCAAUAUCACUACACCUCCUCCUUAUCCAGCCCUCAAACUGCACUGGUGCUGCACUGAACCUAUCUUUUCCGGCGGAGGCGGCAUCAGUAUCGGUACCUCCACGCGAGACGUGGAUCAAGUACGGGCGGUGCCCUUGCCCAAGGGACAAGGCUGGGAGGACCUCGAAAUCUCAGCUCAGGAAUGGAGCAAGACCUUCCCUCGAGAUGCAUAUGGGGACCCACGCAAGCCGGACUAUACGCUCGAGACGGGACACAUCGCGAUGAUGAAGUGGCUGCUGGGUCCGCCCGACCGACAGCCUUCGGCUUGUCCCAGAAAUUUAUGUCAAGAUUGCUACGAUACACCGCAGUGGAAGGUGCACUGCAAGAGCUGUUCGAAACCGUUGUGUAUUGAGCAUGAUCUCCGUGGUCUACGAUUGAGAAUUUGUGGAUAUCGGGACUUGACACUGGAGAAGAUGGAGAUCCAAAAUCACGCCGCCUCGAGCUCUCGCGGCUUCCUUGCACCGCACGUGGUCUAUCCCCAUUCCGUUCCUGAGUUUGAGUUACCGUUCCGGACCCAGCGAAUGAUAGAUUCCACGACGAGCAGUUUCACGGAAGACCAUGGCGACGGCGUUGUGGAGCUGCGCAGUCGUGCUCUGCCUGAACCGCCAGGCCCAGCUUCCUUGAUCCAUCGGCGUGCGCGGAGUCUUUCUCUGUCCAACUCCAACCGUUCUCGUUCCUCGUCACCCUCGUCCAUUUACUGUGAUUCGCCGUCCGACCAGUUCAGAUGGCAAGGGUGCCAAUCCUUUUUCUGCCCCCAGUACCGCGCUGUUGGCGACCAACGGCAGCGCUGCGCCAGCGUGCUCCGAGAGUGCACAAGCUGCGCGGUCUACGUUUGCCAGGACUGCGUGAAAGCCCAUCCGCCCUGCAAAUGCUCCUUCUGCGAAGUCAACUACAUCUGCCCGAACUGCGUCAAGGUCCGAGAACGCGAGGGGACCUGUCGCCGGCCCGCAGAGGAGAAGGCCCGUCGGGAGCAGAAAUGGAAGGAGGACAUGCGCAUGCUGGAGGGCAUUCUGGAGGCGAAGCUCGCGAACGCGACCGCGGAAUAUGCGGGACAGUUCUUCCACCUCUUUGAAGGAGGGGAAGAAGGUCAAGUGGCAGAGGUGGAGGACGUGCAGCAUCCGGAACCGGCGUCGACGGCUUACCGCCCAAGCGACUCGCAUGGCCUACAUGAAGUGGACCUGUUCGGAGAGGAGAAUCUUACGGAUAGUACGGAAUGAUGAUAACCAGGAAGGUUAAGGGACGGUCUCACUUUGAUGGCGUUUACUGGAUUUAUGGGAGCAUUUCAUUCUGUUAUCUCUUAGCAUCUGUGCGAAAACAAAAGAUCUGUUGUUGGGUUGUGGAGGAAUGGUAAUCUCGAUGGCAUUUGCAUAGACAGUCUCGCUGGCGGCAGUCAUGAUGCGCAGGAAGCAUGGAGACUGUGUGGUCGGGAGACUGUCUGCCGGGGUUCGCUGUUGAGCCGGAAGGGACUUAGGCAGGUAUAUAUGGCUUAAUGAACUCGGUGACAUGUGGAUCACAUUGUUUUCAAGACAUGAUGCAGCUUUUGUCUUAGAACUCAGCAGACGGU